AUGUCGGACGCAGGCUCAGACUACGGGAACGACGAGGGAUACCAAGGGGAGGAGUUUAACUACGACAACCCCGAAGAAGCCGCCGAGUACCUCGAGCAACAACACCAGCUCGGCGGGGACGAGGACCAGAUUGUCGAGUCGGGCGAGCGACCAGAGGGCGAGAUGCCGGCCGAGGCGAACAAGGAGAGGGUCACGACGCCUUACAUGACCAAGUACGAGCGGGCAAGGAUCUUGGGGACGAGGGCGUUGCAGAUUUCCAUGAACGCGCCCGUUUUGGUACCGCUCGACAAGGAGACCGACCCCCUGGAGAUCGCGCAGAAGGAGCUGGCGGCGAAGCGUAUACCGCUUGUCGUGCGCCGGUUCUUGCCCGACGGAAGCUACGAGGACUGGCUGGUGUCGGAGCUGUUGACAGAGUAG